UCGCGUUGUGUACCACAUAUAACGGUAAACAGAGAUUUAAAAAAUCAUACAAGUACAAUUUUUUGUGGCAAGUUUGGCAAGUAACAAGUUUGAAGUGCUGUUAAACAUUGCAACGGCAAUUGGAGUUGCAUUGCUGUUGAUGGCCGUGACGCUUGCGUCAACGGCAACUGUUGCUGCAGCUGCUCAAUUUGUACAUAUGCCGCACCUGGCCAGAGUGAGGGGCAACCACAAAAACGUCAGCACCAGCGAUGGCAAACUGAAAAUAGAAGACGGUCAGCCACAGCAAAAAGGUGAAUAACUUGGAAAUUACCAUUAGGAAACUGAAAAGCAACAACAGCAAUUCGUCAAAGAGUAAAUAGAGAAGAAGAAGAAGAAAAAAAAGCCAGUUAAAAUGCGUAAUUUAGCCAAGUCGACGGGCUUUAAUAGCAGCGAUGACGAUCUGAGUGGUUUGGAUGCUGCAAACAGAACCGAGUCAAUAUACGCAAUUAAAUCGAACUGGAUUACAGAAUGGCGGAUACGCAAGGAGCGCGAGAAUCUCUGUCGUGAUCUCUACAAUCGGGUCAUGGAGCAUGCGGAGUGCAAACGCUUUUUGGAGGCUGCCAAGAUUUAUGGCGAGAUCACCGACUUCAACUCAUGGCCAUCCAACGAGCAGUUGCAAUGGUAUCGCAAUUUCGGAGUCAAUUUGACCAAUUUCGGGCGCAAUAGCUCGACGGAGACGAGUGCCACGCCCAUUGAGGAUAGUGGGCCGGCAUUGGUGUUGCCACCAUUUGAGAUGUGGCAGACGAUAGCGAUUGCACUCUGUUUGUUUGUAUGCAUCAUUCUAACGGUAGGCGGCAACAUCCUGGUGCUGCUCGCCUUCAUUGUGGACCGGAAUAUUCGACAGCCCAGCAACUACUUUAUAGCCUCUCUGGCUGCAACGGAUAUGUUGAUAGGCACCGUUUCAAUGCCCUUUUAUACGAUAUAUGUGCUUAAGGGUUACUGGGAUCUGGGACCGUUGCUCUGCGACUUGUGGCUAUCCGUUGACUAUACCGUCUGCCUGGUCUCCCAGUACACCGUAUUGCUGAUCACCAUUGAUCGUUAUUGUUCGGUGAAGAUAGCUGCCAAAUAUCGCAGCUGGCGGACCCGGACACGUGUGAUUUAUAUGGUCUCGAUAACUUGGAUAAUACCAACGCUCUUGUUCUUCAUCUCGAUCUUUGGCUGGGAGCACUUUACGGGCAAACGGGAUCUGUUGCCCGGCCAGUGUGCCGUACAGUUCCUCAAGGAUCCAGUGUUCAACACAGCGCUAAUCAUUGGCUACUACUGGACGACACUGAUAGUGCUAUUCGUGCUAUAUGCGGGGAUCUACAAGACGGCCUACGAUAUGCAGAAGCGCAGUGAGGCCAAGCAGCGAAAGAUGCAAUCAAUGGUGGCAUUGAGUGCUGGGGCCAUGUCAGGCAUGGCCGGUCAUGCAGCUGGCAUCGGUGUCAUCGAGGAGAAGAUACUGAAGACGAAGGUGCAGCUGUCUGGCGCACUUACCGAACUGGAUGGCAGCAACAAUGGCAUCGCAACAACUGUAAAGCGCCUGAGUGGCUCCGGGCAAGCCAAUCCGCUGGCGCAGUCCCCAGAAGUGGCCGCCAUUGCCAUGGAGAAUAUGACACCCGAACAGCGUCGGGCAUCCGAGGCGAAAAUUGAGGAGAAUAAGCGGGCAGCAGCCGAGGCGGAGAAGAGCGAACGUUCCAGCAGUCCGGCCUUCGAUUCGGACGAGGAGUCAUCCGUGAAUCAGACGCAGAUGCUGCUCAACCAGCAGAAGCUUACCAAUCUGCGCAAGCGUUCGUCCAUUGGCCUGGUUUUUGGUGCGCAGGCGGCGCUCCUUGCGACCCGCAGCAAAGGUAACUUGCAACAGAGCACGACCAACUCCAAGUCAAUUGAUGCCAUGCACUCUAUGGGCGCCCGGUCGCCGCAACUUCAAUCAGACCACCACCAAACGAGCCUACAGCGGGCGCAGAGCAAAGAGGAGGUGGGCAAUGGGCACUUUCAGGCACAUACGCCGGUUGAGCGACCCAAGCGCACCUCCUGCUCCACGCUCUCCCAGAUAGCCGAGCAUGAACGCCUAAUUGAUUUCCAUCAAACCACCAACCCAACCACAAACAAUGACCCGCUCUCACCCGUGGAUCUGGCGCCGAUUGAGGUGCCACGUGAACAGGUGCAACAGUGCUUGGUGCAAGCGAUCCUACCGCCGCCUGAAGCCUUCCAGUGCCCCACGCCCCUGUCCGACUACUCGGACCGACCCUUUGGCAACAGCUCCGGCGGCAACAGCGAACUGGCCAUGACCUACGAUCUGCUGACGAACAACUCGGAGCUCCGCUACAUGGAUGAGAGCUCUGCCAUGCAGGCAACCAAUUCGUUUGCCACCAAUGAGAGCGUCAGUUGCUCUCAGAGCGCUCGCUCCAUGCGACCCACGCCCUCUGUUUCCUCGGCUCCGCGGAGUGCCAUUCCACCACCGCCACCUGCACGCAAACAGCACCAAAGUCCCCCCACCAGCCAGAAUCAGAAUCAGAGUCAGAGUCAGAAUCGGAGCCAGUCUCCGUGCCAGGAGCCGGUUGCAAUUGAAAAACAUCUUCUCGUCUCAUACACAGGCAUCGAGGAUUUUGGUAAAAUGCGUCGCGAGAGCUGCAUUGAGGCCAUCUGUCUGCUGGAUGUGCCCGGUGGCAAUGAUAAAAUGCAAGCGGAUUGUCCGCCUCGUCGCGCCUCCAGUCCAAUGGAGACAAGCAGCAAGGAUGCUGUGCUCUAUUCCCCAAUGCCGCCACUACCACAACAGCUGCCGGUGAAGACGCAGCCAGCCGCUGUUAAUGGUGCAACGCCAGCAAGUGCUACUGUACAGCUGGAGCGGAUUGAUGAGCGGGAAGCGUCCGACAGUAAUACCAAUAAGAUGGCCUCCACAUCGGGUGGCACCACCAGCAGCACGGCGGGUCUGGCCGGCUGCAGCAGAAAGGAGGCCAAGGAUUUGGAUGAGGGUGGAGGCAACGGCGCCAACACCGGCGGCGGCGUACCGCGACGGGGUUCCAGCAAGCGAGACUUUAUGCACUCCAUUGGCAAGCAUUUCAAGAGCAAGAAGGCACUGCCGCUGGUCAUGGGCAUUGGCGGCAGCCGACAAAAAUCCAAAUCGGAGAAUCGUGCACGCAAAGCGUUCCGCACCAUAUCUUUUAUUUUGGGAUGCUUUGUCGCCUGCUGGACACCGUAUCAUGUGCUGGCCCUGGUCGAGGGCUUCUGUCGCAAUCCGCCGUGCACCAACGAGCAUUUGUAUAUGUUCUCGUAUUUUCUCUGCUAUGCCAACAGUCCAAUGAAUCCCUUCUGCUACGCAUUGGCCAAUCAGCAAUUCAAGAAGACGUUCAUGCGCAUCCUCAAGGGUGAUCUGCACAUGACCUAAGCUACGCCACAGUUGAGAUGAAUUGGGAUGAGAUGAUUAGCCACUGGAUCCGGUUUGGCAUUGCAUUUGAUGAGCGGCACAGCAAUCCCGAGAGCCCCGCGGAAAGUUGUGUCAACACUUCUACCCAAACUGGUGGGAUUAGUGUAAAUGCUCCGCCAAACUGUGCAUCCCUUGGUUAACCAGUGAGUGACCGAUUGAAUUCAAAAUUUAAGAGGUGUUCAAAAUUAAAAAAAAAAACAUAUAUCAACAGCAACAGCAACAAAAAAUUGUAAUUUAAGUAGCCAAAGGUGUGUGUUAGUUAGAAUGGAAUUAGAAGCUGUUAGGUCAGCAAUAUAAUAAUAGUAUAAUGAGGCAAAUGUUUUAGACAAUAAAUAAAUUAAUGUUUAUAUUUAACAUAUACAAUCUAACAUAUGAGAUAAACCCUUUAAUACACCGACGCAUGUAUACUAGGAUAUAUUAGUAUAGAGUCUAUGCAUCUACA